AUGGCAUCCAAAAAGGAAGCAGUUUCGACAAAGAAGGCGCCUGCCCCGCUACCCCAAUUCUCUCAGGCAGUCAAGUACAAUGGCAUGGUUUACUGCUCAGGCAACAUUGGUCUCAACCCGGAGGCAAUGAGGCUUGUCGAGGGCGGUCCGACGGCAGAGGCUCGCCAGGCAAUUUCAAAUCUCAAGGCAAUCCUCAAUGAAGCAGGAACCGAUCUGGCGAAUGUCGUGAAAAUGAACAUUUUCAUCACCACCAUGGAUGACUUUGGUGCCAUCAACGAGGCCUACGACGAGUUUUUCAAUAGUGUUGAACCAAAGCCGGUAAGAGAGCGCGUUUUACCAUCUGUAGGAGCAUGCGAGAGCUAA